GUGAAGAUGGCAUUAUUAGAUAAACCGAAUGCGCUGAUCAUACUCGAUGAUGUCUUACUAGAUGAGACUGUGCGAUGGUUUGAUGAAUUGCAGUGUCGAAUCGUAGCAACAACUCGUAAUUUGGAAAUCUUUCAAGCGGCUAGCAACGAUAUUAUUCAAUUUCCAAUGUCACCAAGUGGAUUCACUUAUGACGAAUGUGUAAUGUUCAUUAAAAAAGCACAACUCAGUAACGUUUCUGACGAGACCGUGAUCAGACGUUUGCACAAUGUCACCGAUGGGUUACCAGCUAUGAUUAACAUAAUUUUGCAAUUGGCAAGAGACAAUCAGCAAAGGUCGGUUGAGUCGCUAAUUUUUAUCGUCUCUUGUGAUGUGUGA